AUGUAUAUCGAUCGCCGGAUCCAACACCAGGGUAUUGUUUCCAUGCCACCUAGAAAGGUCUUCUGCCACUUCCACAUUCUCCUGAAGGUCUCCCUGCCGGGGCAGCUGGAGGAGAUCAACACCAAAGAAGUGGCGCAGCGGAUCACCGCGGAGCUGAAGCGCUACAGCAUCCCGCAGGCGAUCUUCGCCCAGCGCGUGCUGUGCCGCUCUCAGGGGACCCUUUCCGACCUUCUGCGGAACCCUAAACCUUGGAGUAAACUGAAAUCGGGCAGGGAGACCUUCAGGAGAAUGUGGAAGUGGCUGCAGGAACCCGAGUUCCAGAGAAUGUCAGCCCUGAGACUGGCCGCAUGCAAACGCAAAGAACAAGAACCCAACAAAGAUAGGAACAACUCCCAGAAGAAAUCUCGUCUGGUUUUCACUGAUCUCCAACGCAGAACACUUUUUGCCAUCUUCAAAGAGAACAAACGUCCAUCCAAAGAAAUGCAGAUCACCAUCUCACAACAGCUGGGCUUGGAACUUACCACGGUCAGUAACUUCUUCAUGAAUGCUAGGAGGCGGAGUCUCGAGAAAUGGCAGGAUGAUUUGAGCACUGGGGGAUCCUCCUCAACCUCCAGCACUUGUACCAAAGCAUGAUCGAAGAACAGAAUCUAAAUUGGGCACAACUCAACUAAUGUAUAUUAAAAGGAAUGGAUUCUUAAUGGGGCCCUUCACUGGUGAUGUGAAAGCACAAUCCUCUUAAACAAUAGCUCUGUGUUACAGCAUGGGACAUCUAAUUUAAUUUAAAUGACUAUUAGGUUUUUUAGGGUUUUUUUUUUAAUGUGCAGGUCAAAACUACAUAUAAAGACAGACUAGGCAUGUCUGAAAUAAAAGUAGGUCAUUCAUGACCCAAAUUAAUCCAGUGCCAACAUGACGGAGCCAAUCAAAGUUUUAAAAAAUUCAUUCAUUUUGAGGUCAACAAGAUCAGCCAACCAAAUUGCACCCAGAUUAGCAGAUCGUUCACCAAAAGAAAUCCAAACAUGUCUGACCUAAUUUUGUUUUCUGAAUGCUUAGAUUAUCUGUACUAUUAUACCAAAGCUCACAAUAAUGAAACACACAAGUACUGAGCACAAACUUUAACUAGACCUUAAAACAUUGGGGCUUUAUUUUAGGAACUCAGGCAUUGUUACAUUAAAUGUUUUCAGAAUGAUCUGACGUAACACAUUUGGCUUAAGAAACAAUUGUUGAUGAACAUAUUAUUGGUCUUGGAUCAGUACAAUUCAGUUCC